AUGGCCACGGAAGUUGAGAUGCCUGUCUCGAUGGUGCCGAUGCACCAGGCGCCCGAGUCCUCGAGCCCCAACUCAUCCACGGCUCCCGGUUCCGCCACCGCCACGUCCUCCAAGCGGACGCCUUCUCCCACUGCCUCGACUACUGGCCACGCCUCCGGCGGCAUCUCGAAGCGCCCGCCUCGCAAAAGCACCUUGACCCAGCAACAAAAGAACCAUAAGCGUCAACGUGCCACCCAGGAUCAGCUCGCCACACUCGAAGUCGAAUUCAACAAGAAUCCGACUCCCACAGCAAAUGUACGCGACCGUAUCGCAAACGAAAUCAACAUGACGGAGCGAUCCGUUCAGAUUUGGUUCCAAAACAGACGUGCCAAGAUUAAGCUGCUGGCCAAGAAGAGCCUCGAGACGGGCGAAGACAUCGACGCUAUCCCGGAAUCCAUGCGCAAUUACCUCGCCAUGCAGGCCAUGGAGUCUGGCAAGAGCCUCGGUGGCAGCUAUCUCGGCCGCAAUGGCCUUGUUCCCUUUGGCCAUGGAAACAUGCUUCUCGGUGAGCAGGCCGGCACGGGCAAGGUCCUCAUUCAACACCUCAGUUGUCGCUCCUUGAGCAUCGGCAAGUGGAACAGAGUCUGCCAGGCUACGAUGGAUCUCAUCAUCUUUUACUCCCCAGAGAAAUGUACCAUGACGUACUACAUCAACAGCGACCAGUCUGGCUAUAAGAUUGAGUACCCAUUUGCCUACAUCAAGAGCAUUUACCUGGAAAAUAGCGAAGGGGACCCUAUGAAGCUUGGCGGCAUCGUCAUUGAGCUUAACCGCCCGCCAAACUUCUUCAUGGACUCACCACCCUCAGCCGGCGGCUUCUAUCAGGUCGGCGACUUCACCGAAGACUCUCAGGCCUCGACCUGCCUUAUUCACCAUCUUGGCGGCACCCCCAAGGUCCUCAGCGGGCAGCUCGCUAAGCUCAUCUCCCUCGAGUCCUUCAUGAACCGUCACAACACGAUGGCCUUUGCCACUCCGAGCCCAAACGUCGCUAUGGAAGCCCACGCCAUCGCCGCCUCGGCCCCCGUCUCGCCCAUCCCUCGUCCCUCCUCGCAGCCCAACUUUGGCCCCAGCCACAUGGGUAUGAUGCCUGAUCAGAACCAAUGGGGCAUUGGUCAGAUGCACUCGGCCAUGCGUCCGCCCCAGGGCCACAAGCGCCAGAGAAGUCGAUCCGUCCCGGGUCCUAUUGACUUUGCCAUGUUCCAAAACCAGCCUAUGCCCUCGUUCUACAUCUCGGCCCCUACCGACAUGGGCCCGCCGCAAACACCGGGCGUUUACGCUCCCAUCCCUCAGCAGCCAAACAUGGCCAAUAACCUGCGCAUCGAUACCCAGGCCGGGUUUGGACUCGACAUGCGCCAGUAUCCCAUGUCCGCCACGACCGCCUCGCCCGCCGACUUCCCCCACAGCCCAAGCUUCUUCUCGCAGGGCCACGACGGCACGCCGCUGGCCACUCCUGGCUAUACUCCUGCGUAUGGCGGCGCAUACAUGUCGCCCAUGGUAGGCUCCGAGGCCAAUGGUCCAACGUCCUCGUCUCUCGGCUUCGCUGGCAACGAGCCCACCAUCGUCGACCAGUCCCCUCCCAUGGGCAUGAUGGGCCGGCCAGACUCAGCUGGCAUGUACCCGGGGCAAGACGGCUCCUGCGCAGUGUCGGAGGAUGGCACGACCCUCAACGACAUGUAUUCGAAGCACAGCCUCAUCUCGCCAAACUUUGUGCAACCACAACAAGCAGAGCUUGACAUGGACCAGCUGGUUCAUUUCGACGCGGUUGAUCCGUCGAGCCUUUCUCCCCCCGAAGCUGUUGCGUCGGGUCCUCAAUAG